UGUAAAUAUCGUGUGACCUCUCUCAAUGAAAAUGAAAAUCUCAGUACUGAUUACAAGUAUACGGAAGGGCAAGUGAAGAGGAAUCAUCCAAUGAUGACUUUAUCGGAUUUGACAAAGAUUUUACUGUUGAUCUUUUUCCAGUCAAUACGCAUUUUUUGGCGUAUUCUGGACAAGCACUUGCUGUUUUCGAAUCUAAUACAACGGAGUGUGAGAAUCGUAGCAGUAACCAUAAUCUGGAUACCACUGGAUGUUCAUUGGAUACAGGUUACAGCAGAGUCCUAUAAGAAGAGUAACGUCAUGUUACAUGAUAUCAGUAACAUUAUUUACCGAUGUCUCGACUCUGGAAACCCAAUACCUUCAAAACGUGGCAAACACGAAAGAAGUAAGGCCAAAAGAGAAGCUGUGAAGUCUCACAUCCUACCUCACAACCCGUCGAUGUCCCACUAUCGCAGAGCACAUGCGCCAAACAGAUUGUACCUUCCAUCUGAUCUGACGGAAUCUUCGAUGCAUUAUCAGGCGUCUGCCAACUUAACCUUAAAGGUCAGUUACUCUUUUUAUUCAAGUUUAGUAUCAAAGAUGAACAUAUCGUUCGUUAAACUUGGUCACGAACAAUGUGAAACUUGCGUUUGUGCAACGCUACAUCAGGACACUUCAGGACACAACGAAGAAGAUCGUUUUAUUGUGGAAUGCUCCGUUUGUAGAUCACACGUCGAACAUAAGCGGCUGGCAACAAUUUCACGAUCAGUUUACCGCAAUGAUGGAGAUGAAGUUUGUCCAAAAGAAAUCGUGCUUGCUGUGGACCUUCAGAAGGUCAUCCAGCUACCACGAUUAGAAGGUUUAAAAACGGUUGUCUUCACUCAGCGUUUGAUAUCUUUUAAUGAAACAUUCCGACGGGUGGGUAAAUACGCGAAGAAUUUCCCAGUUAUUGCAUGUCUGUGGAACGAGUCAAUUUCUGGUAGAUCCGCGGCUGACAUAACUAGCUGCUUCAGUAAGGUCAUAUUAUGGUGCUGCACAAACGAAAUUGAGAAGGUUACAUUCUGGUUGGACAAUUGUUCCAGCCAGAAUAAAAAUUGGAACUUUUUCUUCAUUUGAUCCUCUUGCUGAAUAAAGAAGAGGUGAACGUGAAGGAAAUUGUAAAUAUUUCGAAAGCGGACACACUUUUAUGCCUGCCGACAGCUUUUAUGCUGCAGUUGAAAAAGGCAUGCGUCACAGUUCAUCGGUUUCGACGAUUCCCGAAUUUAAAAGUGUGGUUCAAAAUGCAAAGGGGAAUGUGUUGGCAAUGGACCUGGCGGUAACGGAUUUUUUUAUAUGAAAUUGUCAGUUUCUCAGUAUUCAUUGAGCCACUGUAAUCCUCGCCCGUAUAUUGAAAAAAAAAAAUAGGAAAAUCGUUCUGAAGAAGGGCAGCUACCAGAUGAUAUACAACAGCGGAUUGGAUGAUAAUGACGAAUGUUUAUCUUGCUGCCUUCUUUCAAAGAAGCAAUUAAAAACAGUGACCGCUGAAAAUUUUGACGUCGAAAGGAUUCUGAAUAGACAGACAAGUCCUAUUGGCAUUUGUCCUGAUCGGAAACAAGCGCUCCUGAAGGUGAUUUUACCAGUUUCAAAGAGCAUCAGAGGCGUUUUGGACAAAUAUGCCCGAAAGAUUGGAGACAUCAGCUGAACAAUAAUUUACAGAAAUUCUUCAAA